CAUAGCUUAUGCCUAAAAGCACUUUAUUGGAAAGUACUUUUGAGAAAAAUACAUUUAUAAACACUUUUUUUGAAGCUUUGUCGAACACUAAUUGCUGCUCAAAAGUAUUUUUUAAAUUAAUUGGCCAAACAUAAAUAACUUUUCACUAAAAAUACUUUUUUUAAAAAACACUUUUGAAAAAAGUAUUUUUCAAAAUAAGUUGAUUUUAAAAGCUUAGCCAAAUAGGCUAUUAAUUUUGUGAUCUUGAACAUGUUACGUGAAAAGUUAAAACUAAAAAGUUAUCACAACAACAGAAAGAACAUUCUUUUAUAAACGGAUUUAAAAAAAAAAAAAAAACAAGAAAAACAAAUUGAAAUAGAGGGAGUAACAUAUUCUAUACUAGUACUAGUGUUCAACUAGUAUAACUGCUCUAUUUCUUGGCAUUCCACACGUGUCAACUUCCUGUAAGUCUUGCCACUCCGAAUCAGCUUCUCCAUAUUUGUAGCAUUCGUUCUAGAGUCUGUUGCUGAUCUAUUCCCCAUAAACAUCUUCAUCAAAUCCCUCAAUGUUACCCUCUUCAUUAUUUCAGGCUUCAAAAUUUAUUUACUAAGUAAUAAUUAAAGUAAAGACAUUGGCAAUAAGAUGAGUUUCCGAGAGGAUUGUGCCAGUUCUGAGGAGGGAUUACUUCGAAAGCCAUUAUUGCCUCCGAAAGGGAAAGCAGUAGCAAGGAUGAGUUUUAGAGAUGAUUCAGCUAGCUCUGAGGAAGGGAUGCUUAAGAAGCCAUUGUUGCAUACUAGAAGCUGGUAUCGAAUGAGCUCAAGGCAAUCCAGCAUGAUGGAAUCAUCGAACCAAAUUCUUCGUGAAUCCAUAUCCAUUUAUCUCUGUGUUCUCAUUGUUGCCUUAGGCUCCCUUCAGUUUGGAUUCACCUUGGGAUAUACUAAUCCUACGCAGUCCGACAUCAUGAACGACCUCGUACUUUCAAUGUCAGAGUUUUCGAUCUUUGGAUCUGUAGCGAAUGUGGGUGCAAUGGUUGGUGCAAUUGCAAGUGGUCAGAUAUCCGAACACAUUGGACGAAAAGGGACACUAAUGAUUGCAGCAAUUCCUAAUAUUAGCGGAUGGCUCGCCAUUUCAUUUGCCAGAGACACAUCGUUUUUAUACAUGGGAAGGUUGAUGGGAGGUUUUGGUGUGGGCAUCAUUUCCUAUGUGGUUCCUGUAUUUAUAGCAGAGAUUUCACCUCAAAACAUGAGAGGAGUCCUUGGAUCCAUUAAUAAUCUUUGUUUAACAAUUGGGAUAAUGUCGGCGUACCUAUUGGGUCUCUUUGCAAGCUGGAGAGUGCUUGCAAUUAUAGGAAUGUUGCCUUGCACGGUUCUGAUGCCUGGUCUUUUUUUUAUACCAGAAUCUCCUUGGUGGUUGGCUAAAAUGGGGAAUUUUGAGGAUUUUGAAACUUCUUUGCAAGUUCUUAGGGGAUUUGACACUGACAUAUCCUUAGAAGUAAAUGAGAUCAAGAAAUCUGUAGGAUCAUCAAGUAAAAAAACUACAAUUCAGUUUUCUGAGCUUAAGAGAAGGCGAUACUACUAUCCUUUGCUGAUAGGUAUUGGAUUACUCAGUCUCCAGCAACUCAGCGGCAUUAAUGGUGUUUUAAUGUAUUCCAGUAACAUCUUCAAAUCUGCUGGAGUUUCAUCAAGUAAAGCUGGAACAUUUAGAAUCGGGGCUAUUCAGGUUAUUGUUACAGCUAUAGCUGCAUCACUUGUGGACAAAGCGGGUCGCAGGGCACUUCUUAUUAUGUCCUCGUCGUUAAUGACAGUUAGCAGCUUCCUUGUUGCAACAACUUUCUACCUAAAGGAUUUUGCACCCAAAAGUUGGCAUCCUGCAUUAGGAAUAUUAUCUCUGGUUGGACUUGUGGUUCUAGUGAUGGCAUUUGGACUGGGAUUGGGUUCCAUUCCGUGGAUCAUAAUGUCUGAGAUAUUGUCAGUGAACAUUAAAAGUCUUGGUGGCAGCGUUGCUACGCUGGCCAAUUGGCUAACAUCAUGGGUUGUUACAAUGACAGCGAACUUGCUUUUGACUUGGAGCGAAGGAGGAACAUUCAUCAUCUAUACAAUGGUAUCAGCUUCUACAGUUGUUUUUGUUAGGCUUUGGGUCCCUGAAACCAAAGGAAAAACACUUGAAGAAAUUCAGCGUUCCUUCAGAUGAUGCAAACAGGUUUUACGCAAUUAAAGAGGAUCAAACAGAAUGAGCGCUCCAAUGGGUUAAUUUCACAUAUGGUUACUGAAUUUAUCCAAAUAUAACUGUAAGUUCAGAAAAUUAUUUUUUGUCACAUCAAAGUAACUAAACUCUACCCAUAUAACAGUCUUGUGACAUUUUUGUUAUAGUGGUUAAGUCGGUGAUGAUAAAAUAGUUUUGCGACUUUAUUGCUGCAACUCAUUGUAAAGCUAUUCUACUUCCAGUA